AUGGAAGCGGAGGAGGCCUGCGCCCCCGGUGCGCCUGGUGCCCCCGGAGCCCAGGGAAGCCAGCGCGCGCCUGGCCCGAAGCUGCGCGUGUCCGGCCAGCUGCUGCCCGAGCUCUACACCUUCGUGUCGCGUGUUCUCUUCUACCUGGCGCCCGUCUACCUGGCGGGCUACCUGGGACUCAGCGUAACCUGGAUGCUGCUGGGCGCGCUGCUGUGGAUGUGGUGGCGCAGGAACCGCCGCGGGAAGCUCGGGCGCCUGGCGGCCGCCUUCGAAUUCCUGGACAACGAACGCCAGUUCAUCAGCCGCGAGUUGCGGGGCCAGCACCUGCCCGCCUGGAUCCACUUCCCGGACGUGGAGCGGGUCGAGUGGGCCAACAAGAUCAUCUCUCAGAUCUGGCCCUACAUAAGCAUGAUCAUGGAAAACAAGUUCCGAGAGAAACUUGAGCCCAAGAUCCGAGAGAAGAGCAUCCGCCUGAGAACCUUCACCUUCACCAAGCUCUACUUUGGACAGAAGUGCCCCAGAGUCAACGGUGUCAAGGCACACACUAACAAGUGCAACCGAAGACAGGUGACCCUGGACCUGCAGAUAUGCUACAUUGGGGACUGCGAGAUCAGUGUGGAGCUGCAGAAGAUACAGGCUGGUGUGAAUGGGAUCCAGUUGCAGGGCACCCUGCGAAUCAUCUUGGAGCCCCUCCUCGUAGACAAGCCCUUCGUGGGAGCUGUGACCAUGUUCUUCCUUCAAAAGCCGCACCUGCAGAUCAACUGGACAGGCCUGACCAACCUGCUGGAUGUGCCCGGGAUCAACGAGGUGUCGGACAGCCUGCUGGAGGACCUCAUCGCUGCCCACCUGGUGCUGCCCAACCGUGUGACUGUGCCUGUGAAGAAGGGGCUGGAUGUGACCAACCUGCGCUUCCCCCUGCCUUGCGUGAGUAGCCAGUCCCUGGGUGGGACCCGAGGUGCUGGCGAGGUGUACCUGUUUGUGGGAGGGAGGUUCGGUCCCCUUUUCCAUGCCUUGGGCCGUUGGUUCAUGGUGUAUGAAGUCCCUGGGCAGGACCUGGAAGUGGACCUGUAUGAUGAGGAUCCUGACAGGGACGACUUCCUAGGCAGCCUGCAGAUCUGCCUCGGGGAUGUCAUGACGAACAGAGUGGUGGAUGAGUGGUUUGUCCUGAAUGACACAACCAGUGGGCGGCUGCACCUGCGGCUGGAGUGGCUUUCACUGCUCACUGACCAGGAAGCUGUGACCGAGGACUAUGGUGGACUCUCCACUGCCAUACUUGUAGUCUUCUUGGAGAGUGCCUGCAACCUGCCGAGAAACCCUUUUGACUACCUGAAUGGUGAAUAUCGAGCCAAAAAACUCUCCAGGUUUGCCAAGAAUAAAGUCAGCAGAGACCCUUCUUCCUAUGUCAAGCUGUCCGUAGGCAAGAAGACACACACAAGUAAGACCUGUCCCCACAGCAAGGACCCAGUGUGGAGUCAGGUGUUCUCCUUCUUUGUGCACAGUGUGGCAGCCGAGCAGCUCCAUGUGAAGGUGCUUGAUGAUGACCAGGAGUGUGCUCUGGGAGUGCUGGAGUUCCCCCUGUGCCAGAUCCUCCCCUAUGCUGACCUCACUCUUGAGCAGCGCUUUCAGCUGGACCACUCAGGCCUGGACAGCCUCAUCUCCAUGAGGCUGGUGCUUCGGUUCCUGCGUGUGGAGGAACGAGAGCUGGGGAGCCCAUACACGGGACCUGAAGCCCUAAAGAAAGGCCCUCUGUUCAUCAAGAAGGUGGCCACCAACCGGGGUCCCAAGGACCCAGCCCAGGGAGAAGGUCCUGCAGAUUUUCUGUGCCCCCCAGACUCUGCUUCUGACACCCAGGAAGCUUCAAUGAGCAACACGACCACCAGUGCUGCCACUGCUGCCACUGCACCUGCACCCCAAGAGACAGGCCCAGAGCCCAAAGGCAAGGACAGUGCCAAAGGGUUCUGUGAGCCCAUGGGGGAGAAGAAGAGUUCAGCCACCAUCUUCUUGACUGUCCCAGGCCCCCACUCUCCAGGGCCCAUCAAGUCUCCCAGACCCAUGAAAUGCCCUGCCUCCUCCCCAUUCGCAUGGCCGCCCAAGAGGCUGGCUCCCAGCAUGUCCUCGCUCAACUCCCUGGCCUCUUCCUGCUUUGACCUGACAGAAAUCAGCCUCAACAUUGAAGGUGGGAAUCUCAGGCAGCGGUGGCUGGGUGAGAUUCAGCUCACGGUGCGCUAUGUGUGUCUGCGGCGCUGCCUCAGCGUCUUAGUCAAUGGCUGCAGGAACCUGACACCAUGUACUACCAGUGGAGCUGAUCCCUACGUCCGAGUCUACUUGUUGCCAGAAAGGAGGUGGGCAAGUCGUAAGAAAACUUCAGUGAAGCGGAAGACUCUAGAACCCCUGUUUGAUGAGACAUUUGAAUUUUUUGUUCCCAUGGAAGAAGUAAAGAAGCGGUCACUAGAUGUUGCAGUGAAAAAUAGUAGGCCACUUGGCUCACACAGAAGAAAGGAGUUAGGAAAAGUUCUGAUUGACUUAUCAAAAGAAGACCUGAUUAAGGGCUUUUCACAAUGGUAUGAGCUGACUCCAGAUGGACAGCCCAGAAGCUGAUGAUGAGUGCUAUCAUCACCUUUAUGUUAAAAUGUAUAUAUGUAUAAUUUCACAUUUAUAUCAGAAUAGCCAUUUGAUGAAAAUCUACACAUACAUUUUUGUGUGAAAUUUAACUGCAUGACUGGAUAGUAUUAGAAACAGGCAGUUAUGUAAAGGCAAGAACUACUUUCUCUUCGUUGGAUUUUAUUGUUCAGAUCCAGAAAGAAAUGGGGUAUUUGUGCCUAGUAAGUUAUCAAAAUCUCAGUGGUGAUUUUUUCACUUUUGUUAGGUAAUUAUAUACCAACUGAUUUAGGAUGUGCCUUAAUGUGUGCACCAGAAGGUGUCCUGUCCCUGACUUUAGUGGGUGGGGGGAGAUCUGUUCCUGGAACAGCUACCAGUAUUCCUGGGCAGUGACUGACCAACGGAGGGCACUUUUUAUAAAAAGAAAACCAAUCCCAAACUGCCAAGAAUUAAUACUGCCAAAGUCCUUCUGGCUGCCACCUGUGGUACUUGAAUGCCUAGAGGUUUGUUCCUGUAUCUGAUUUGGAGCUAAAAUGUAUUUUCCUAAUGGCAACAAUGUUAUAAUAUAUACUUAAAAACCUUGGGUCUAAGCAUCAAACUCUAGCAUGUGGCAUUAUUUCCAUAGGAAAAUGCAAACCAAGUUACAAACCCAGGUGUACAUCUGAACUCUCAUGGCAGAGCACUGGAGACUGCUGAAGACUGUUACUUCCAGAGAGAAAAGGGAGCUUUCUGUAUCUCAGACAAGAAUUCUGCCCUACUUUUCUGAGAUGGCUGGUUUACCUAAAUAACAUGUUAAAAACAAAAUUUAAACAAGUACCUCUUUUGCCUUUCCACCUUUAUAAGACCAAACAGACUUCUCUCCUCUGAUGUUCAUAGAGCUGUUGUCAAGGUUAUAUUCUCUUACCCACUCAGGCAGUGUCCCUGCCAUCAGCUUCCUGUCCAUACCACUGCCUUCACUGCCACUUUUCUGAAGAACGGCAAUAUUUUGUCAAGCUUUUCUUUACUUAUAAAUUCUAUGAUAUCCUAUUUUCUAUAAGGUCAAAGCCCACCCCUUAAUUUGCCUUUGAGAGAUAAAUGGGUCUCCAGUUUUCUGCUACUUUAUUAGCAGAUGCUCUUUCCAGAAUAGUCCAGAUAUUAUGCCCUGUCUGCUCAAAUCCUACUCACCUCUUAAAGGCCUAUCACAAACCCAUCUCCUCCAUACUGAAAUGGCCUCUCCCCACCACCCACAACAUUUACUGUGGAUUUUCCAUUUUAACAAUUCCCAGCCAUAUAACAUUAAAUUUUUAAAAAUAUGUAUCUGCUAAGGUCAUAAGGGAGCAACUACUUAUAUUGUGUUUGGUAUUUAAUGUUUUUGUUUACUCUCCAAUUGAACUAAAAGUUACUUGAAUUGUUUUUUACCCUCACUAUUCAAGACUGUGCUAAGUACAUGAAAGAUGUGCAAUAAAAUUUUUGUUUCUGCUGAGGUUUCUAUUUUGAAUGACAAAUUCUCAUAAUUAAAUGAGGCAGUUGACGCCUAUCCUGUC